AUGAUGCUUACUCUUCCGGCAAGUAAAAUUUAUUGGAGUCUUCAGCAACCUGUGGACGAGCAGUCAUCUCCAUCACCAGCUGCUUCUAGUCAUGGCACACCACCUGAACCUUUGAUAGAUGGCACUCCGUCCCCAACUACAACCAGGGGCAGACCCACAUGGGGUCUCAAACAGAUAUUUUGCCGCACGAUUUUUGUCCGUAACAGUAGCAGGAGAACUCUUCAAUCUGUUGCAAAUUCAGGAGCAGCAGUGGGACUUCCUUCCUUGCUUGAGAGAUUGUUUAGUGUUGAUGACAUUAGGGUCGGUGCAACGUCUAGAAAAGCUAUACCAGUCCUUGUUGAUUUGCUUAAACCAAUUCCAGAUCGCCCUGGGGCACCUUUUCUAUCUCUGGGGCUUCUAAUCCAAGUUGCUAAAGAUUGUCCUAAUCAGAUUGUUAUGGUAGAGUCAGGGGCCUUGGAAGGGUUGACAAAAUAUUUUUCUCCUGGCCCUCAAGAUGCCACAGAGGAGGCAACUACUGAUCUCCAAGGUAUUCUUGUUAGCACCGCUGAGAUAAGGAGACAAGAAUCUGCGUUUGGUGCUGUCAGUCAGCUUGUGGCAGUCUUGCAUUUAGGUGGAAGAACAGCAAGGUAUAGUGCUGCGAAAGCAUUGGAAAACCUAUUUUCUGCUGAUUACAUCAGGAAUACAAAAUCUGCCAGGCAAGCAGUUCAACCUUUGGUUGAAAUUCUAAAUACUGGAUUGAAGAAGGAACAUCACGCUGCUAUUGGUGCACUUGUUAGACUGCUGAGUGAGAACCCAUCAAGAGCCCUUGCAGUUCAAGAUGUUGAGAUGAACGCCGCAGAAGUGCUGUGCAGGAUUCUUUCAUCAAAUUACUUGGAAGUGCCUGUAGCAGUAUUGGUAAGGCUCCUUCGCUCAGGCUUAGAAAGCACACUUACUGGCACGCUUAAUGCUCUUCUGGUGCUGGAGACUGAUGACUCUACCAGUGCUGAAGCAAUGGCUAAAAGUGUGGCAAUUGAGGUGCUUUUAGAAAUUCUAAGAUAUCAUCAGUGUGAGGAAACAGCUGAAAUUGAGGUUCUUUUUUACUUUCUUCCACAAUUUCCUCGUACCUAA